GUACCUCCGUUUUAGUAAGUGCAGUACAUAGUAGUACCGAUAACGACGGCAUAUUUCUCUACACCAUAGUCGUCCCACCUUCCCGAAACGCCGCACUCUCUACCUCUGACUCCUAGAACUCUGUCAAUAUCGUUUCUGAUAUCGGAAAUGGUGGCACAAGUAGCCGCAGCAACAACUACUACUACUACCACUACUAGGCCUUAUUCACCACUAGCUUCUUCACUCGUUCCAUCAUGGCAAGGACUUCGUGGAAAUUUGGGUUCAGCUCGUACCUUGCAAUGGCCAAAGAAAGAAAGACAAUGUACAAGGAAGGCCGGUCUUAAUAAAGUUACUGCCCAAUUUGAGCUAAAGCCUCCCCCAUAUUCAUUGAAUGCUUUGGAACCGCAUAUGAGCAAGAACACCUUCGAUUUCCACUGGGGGAAGCACCAUAGGGCUUAUGUGGAUAACCUGAAUAAGCAAAUUGUAGGAACAGAACUAGAAGGAAUGUCUUUAGAGGACAUUAUAGUCACUACCUACAACAAGGGGGAUAUUCUUCCUCCUUUCAACAACGCAGCGCAGAUUUGGAACCACGAUUUCUUCUGGGAAUCCAUGAAACCAGGUGGCGGAGGAAAGCCAUCUGGAGAGCUUCUAGAGCUAAUUGAAAGAGAUUUUGGUUCGUUCGAUAAGUUCGUUGGAGAAUUGAAGACAGCUGCAGCUACACAAUUUGGAUCUGGCUGGGCUUGGCUAGCUUACAAAACAAAUACACUUGAUGUCGGAAAUGCAGAAAACCCUAAGCCAACAGAGCAAGACAAAAAGCUUGUGAUUGUGAAGAGCCCCAAUGCUGUAAACCCACUUGUUUGGGAUUAUUAUCCCCUUCUUACCAUUGACGUUUGGGAGCAUGCUUACUACCUUGAUUUUCAGAACCGACGACCUGAUUACAUAUCACUCUUCAUGGAGAAACUUGUGUCAUGGGAUUCAGUCAGUUCUAGACUUGAAGCAGCGAAGGCUCAAGCUGCUGAAAGAGAGUUGGAAAAGGAAAGGAAAAGAAAGGCCAAGAACAAAUCAUCUGACAGUGAGGAUGAGGGGCUUUUAGUAGACAGCAUUAGUGAUGACUCAGAAGCUGAAUAAGUUUCUUUCUAUUUUUCCCGAGUAGUAAUCUAAGAAAAAUAUUUAAUGGUAAAAAUAUUUUGUGUGAAGGUGACAUAGAGGUCAGUAUGUGUCACUAGUCAGGACUCGUGAGAUACACAUACCAAGAUUUUGUUAUUUCUCCUGUAUUGUGAAUGUCUAUGCUUAAAUAUGUAGUUCUCUGUUGUCAUUUGAAAUAAAUGUGGGAACACUACUUCAACUCUGAACAUGUUAUGUACAAAAUGUCACUAUUAAUCAUGUAAUUUGUCUUGAGCUUCU